GGAAAAUUGAUCACUUAUGUCACAUGUUACCGAUAUCAGUUGCUGAGCUCAUGCAUAAUGCACACAACUAACUACAUUGAUAUGCACUCCGAAAACGAAAGAAGGAAUUAUCAAAAACUAAAUUAAUACACAAAACAAGGCAAAGGAAGAAGUGUUCUGCCGAUAACUUGAAAAGAGGCCAUUAAGACCCGUUGGUUUGUGAAUGUUUGUGCAGCAUACCCUUUGGGAAGACAAAACCUGUAGAUGAACACAUAGAUAUGAAUAGGAAGUACAAAUCGGGAGAGUACCAGUGCUCCGUUUGUUCAAGGCGUUUCUUAGCAGAUAAAAGCCUGUCCCAGCAUCAAGCAGAUACAGGUCAUAAUGGAUUAUAUGGCGCAUUUGGAGGCUUAAGCGUAUCAACUGUAUCAACAGACAUAUACGCGUUGAAUGGUGGCACUUUAGAGAUCUUUAUCGCUGAAAACAUUCAAGCGGAUUCAUCUUUUCUGGGAUGCUGUGGAGAUGUCAUUAAUAGCCUAGUUCGAAAAUUACAGGACACCAGUUCGGUGACAUCAAAACUGCGCCCGAGACGAAUUAUUAAGUCUGGUUCCCUCGGAAAAGGUACAGCAGUGAAAGACAGGUCUGACAUUGAUCUCAUACUGAUGCUUGCAAAGUAUGAUGAUGUUGACGUCCUUAUGAUGGACAUGAGUGAUAUUCUUAGGAGCCUAGAGAGAAAUCUAAAGGUUAACACUACAGCAAAGCAUCAACGAACGACGCGAUAUUCAGUACAGGUAGAGCUGACCUGCCGUUCAGGCCAUAAACAUGACGUUGAUAUACUUCCUGCUGUUGACCUGCUUGAACUUGGCUACUCUCCAGUGGAAGUGUAUAGAAAAAUGAGAGACGUUUCAAGCAGUACCAUUCACGAAUACUCCGUUAGUCUGUCUCCUUUGCAAUUAGAAAUUAUUUCUGCUUUGCCUACCAAAGUUAAAAGCCUAAUCAAACUUGUUAAAUACUGGAAAGACAAAAAGCUAAAGAAAGAAGAUGAGCCAGAAAUGCCAAUUUUUGCUGAAAACCGAGACAGGAAGCCAAACUGGCCAAGUUCGUAUGCCUUAGAACUAGUGGUGCUGAAUGCCUGGACUGAAGCAAAUGAACCUGUCAGUUUUGACAUGACUCGAGCUUUGCAUGCUGUUCUUACAUCUCUUGUCAACCACAGACAGCUCAAAAUUAUUCUUAGACGACAAAUGAAAUACGGCACGUCUUUGGUACAUUCAAGACCGGCACCGUAUAUUAUGGAUCCUGCUAAUCCUUACAACGACAUGUACCACGGACUUGUGAAUGGUCAGGCAUUUGACUGGGACAUGGUUGUACCACAAGCUCGCCUUUGGCUCAAUAGACCGCUCUUUUACGGCGUUUCAAACACAAAGCAUAGAUGGAAAUAGAAAAGCCCCACAUUCUGUAUAAUUAAACCAGAAUGUAAUUCUAGUUUUUAUAACUUGUGUUUUGGAUUACCAAUGGUCGGAAGAAUGUUUUUCUAUGCAGUUUCUAUUUUCGUGUGCACAUAUAUUUUGUUUUUAAUUGAAACAUGCGCAAAGAUGUUAGUACUAUAUGUACUAUUGGAAGUCUGAAAUGUAAAUACUGUUUUAAAUUGAUUGUAAGCAUAAACACUUUUUGCUAUCUUUAUAGAUGUAUUUUUCUAUAUUUCAUAUAACUAAGGAGAAAACAAUUACAUGUUUCAUUUUACCAUUCAUACUGACUGAAAAGUAUAUAAGCAAAUGCGGGUAUAUUCCUUUGGCAGUUGUCAUACUUAAAUUUACUUUGCAAGAAUAUGAAUCUAUGCUUGAUUGACACUAUAAUAUUUUAUUUUAUUUUUUUCAAACAGAAAUAGGCUUCGCAAUUCCAGACGAAGCUGACAUAUGUUGUACCAUUUUACACAUAUGUAGAUUUAAAAAAAUUAUCAAAAGAAACAUAUAAUAAAAAAAUCUUUAAAAUGUG